UUUUGAAAUAGAAUUUCUCUUUGAAAGGGGGUUUCAGUCUGCUCAAUGCAUUGCAGCAAACAUCCAAAUCAUUCUCAAUCUCACCGGUAUGGCGAUUAGGGUUUUUAGAUCCCUUUUCGGCUCAAGAUCCAAUUUAUCUGACCCUGAUCUUCUUCGACACUUCUCUGCAAAACCAAGAGGCCCAAAUGUGAAAUCUCAAAUCCAAUUUCCCCUAGACUUCACGCAAAAAUAUCUCCAAAGGAAUAUAAUUUCAGUUUCUAAUCUACUGAAAAGGUACGGCUUUCCACUGUCUGAACUUCAUGAUUUCCUGUCAAAGAAUCGAUCUUUGCUGAACUCUGACCCCUCCAGAAUCGAAAAAUCUAUUAAAAUUUUGUUUUCUCUGGGGCGCUCUCAAGAGUUCCUUACUUCUGUAAUUUCUAGCUGCCCUAAGGUGCUGGAGUACGAAUAUAUGAAGAAAUGGGAAACGGAAAUUUCUGGAAUUGAGGGUUUUAAUCUUUCUGCAUUGGCUAUUAAGAAUGUUCUCGAAGUGUGUUUGAAGUUUGAAUUAGAACCAGAUGAUGUUUUGGCUUGUUUGAAGUCUUUGCAGGCUUUAGGGUUGAGUGAGGGUACCAUGGUUAGGGUUUUCGAAGAAUUCCCUACAGUAGUAUUGUCUAGUCCGGAUAGAAUUCAGUGUAAAACUGAAUUCUUGAUGACUAGCAUUGGCUUAGUAAAGACUGAGUUAGGUCGUAUUCUAGGGUCAUACCCAGGUGUAUUAGCAUUUGGGGUUGAGAAUAGGCUUAAACCGUUGCUUAACGAAUUUAAAAGCCUUGAUUUUGGUUUAGAUGUAGUACGGUUGGAGGUUCUGAGAGAUUCAAGAAUCCUUGGUUUGGAAGUUGGUGAACUUUCUCAUUGCUUGAAACUGCUAAGAAGUUUAAAGUGUAGGGAGUCCAUUAAAGAGGAUAUUUUCCGAGACGGAGCAUUCAGGGCUGGAUACCAAGUGAAGCUGAGAGUUGAUUGCCUGCACAAAUACGGUUUAACACACAGAGAUGCAUACAGUGUGAUAUGGAAAGAGCCAAGAACAGUUUUAUAUGAUGUAGAGGAAAUUGAGAGGAAAAUACAUUUCUUAGUGCAGACAAUGAAAUUUGAUGUUGAGAGCAUAGCUGACGUUCCAGAAUAUUUGGGGGUGAAUUUUGAGAAACAGAUUGCUCCUAGGUUUCAGGUUAUUGAGCAUUUGAGAUCAAUAGGUGGGCUUGGUGAUGAGGUGGGGCUGAAGGCCUUGAUUAGACCUAGUAGAUUGAAGUUUUACAAUCUCUAUGUCAAGCCUUAUCCAGAGUGUGAAAGUAUAUAUGGGAGAGUUGCUAGAGACGUUAGAGGCAAGCUGGGACACCCUUCUGGGUUAUGGAAGCUUUUCAAACCGCUGCCAUAUCAGCAAUCUGAAGAAGAUGAUAUGAACAUUAAAUCUUAUAUGGAGUCACUAGAAACAGUAGCAUGAGCUCUUUCCUCAAAUAGAAAAUACUAGGGGUGUUCGUUGGUUCGGCAUGAUUAUAAGAUUAAUGAAAGCAUACUUGCGGAGGACUUGAGGAGUGGCUUUUGCUCUGAAUAUGAAAAAUCGUCAAACGUAGCAUUUCAUUAUGCACGUAGGAGGCACACAAGAUCAAAGAAUCACUUUAAGGAACAUCUACAUCGUAUAUCCUCAAAUCAUCUGAAACUUUUGCUCUCAAACCUAUCAGAUGUUAAAUGAACGUUUAUUUAUGUUACAUGUUAUUGAUUAAAUACUUCUGCUUAAUUACUUUGGGCUGAUGUAGUUGGUAAAAACAACACUUGGACUGUUUUUUCUUGAUAAGCAGUUUGGCAUCAAGGUCGGGUUUCCUGUCCAGUGGUUGAGCUUACAACAGUUGUCCUGUAGUAAAAAAUCACUGCAGUGUAGCAUGCAUGAUUUGAAAUGGCAGCUGAAUGUGUAAAUUUUUUGAAAAGGAAAAAGCGGUUGGUACUUGGUAAGGCCCUUCGGUAUCGUUUUGCUUUUUGGUGUGGAUUCAUUUUGGCCUUUGUCUUUCCUCAAAACAAAUAAUCACUUUCGUAUGUAAACAAAUACUAGUAUAAUUUUCUAAGAGAUAAGACCAUGUAGCACAAGUACUUGACUAGGGUAUUGUUUCGGCGUAUCGGAAAUGUUCCCGUAUCAGAUAUUCUAGGACACUUGUACCUUACAUUACUGGUUUGUAUAUGCGAUCUAUUAACAACUUCCC